AUGCAGAAUCGACGGCAGUCGCGAGGUUGCACAUUGAACGGGCGGCAGCUGUCGCCGAGAGCCAUCUGGUCGCUGCAAAACAAGAUGCAUCUCAACGAUGCCAGCGCAGUGAGCGCCGACCCGCAGAUCGCGUAUGCGGUGAUCGAGCAGAACGGGCUACAACCUGCUCUAGGUUUGGCGAUCGAGAGCAAGUGCCUGGACUCCGCGUCUUUGGCAUUGCUGUGCGAGCUUUUCCAGCACUACAACUCGGAUGCCUUCUCCGACUGGCUCGAAGAGUUCCAUGAUAUCAAGGAGCUCGGUCCUGAUCUCUUCCACCGCCUGCUGGCGUCGCUGUUCCCAUCCGAUGAGGACAUCGAUCCGAGGCGGGCCUCCACGCAGAAAGCCUGUCUGGGAGUCCUGCUCUUUCUGCUGCAAGAGACCGACGCGGGAGCCAGCGUCGCCCACGAGGUCUUGCAGCGGAUCCGGCCCGACAAGGACGACAGCCUUUACACCAUCCUCGUCUCCUCCAUCGGCAGUGAGGAUGAUGAAGACUGCGACGACUUCCAGGCGCACGCAGCCCACCUGAUCAUCCUCUCCCUGCUCGGCGCCGCCAAAGAGGACAAGAAGCUGCAAGCGCAGAUAGUCGAGGCGCUGCAAGGCGCGAACAGUGACAUCCAGGCUAGAGGUCUCCAGCUCAGCACUGACCUCAAGGCCUCCUUCGACCACCUUCUGGUGUCCUACCUGGGCGCCUGCACCGAGGUCGCCUCGUCCUCGCUGGCGGGCGCCGGGCGCGGCCCGGAGAAGCUGUCGAAGCUGGAGAGUGAGAUCGAGCACCUUGAGAAGCUGAACUCGCAGCUCAAGGUCCAACUCCGGCAGCAGCACGCCGCAAUGCACCGCAUGGCGGACUUCGUGAGCAUCGAGAGCGACCCAGUAGUGGAACAGGCGCUCGAAGGCAUCAUCCGUCUGGGUUGGGACAGCCUGAACUGGAAGCGAGGCUACACCAUGCUGCACUACUGUGCCGAGUGUGUGGAGGAGCCGACGGUUGUUGAGCUGAUUGGCUUGCUGGCGACCGAUGUGGAUCGCAAGGACGACAACGGAUUUCGUCCAAUCGACUAUGCCCGACAAACGGGUCGUGAGCCGAUCAUCCAGAUGCUGGAGAAGCUGCGAAAGAUCCACAAGAAGCUGGCAUCCGGAGUGAAGGUGGGCGACAAGGUGGCUGAGAAAGAGCCCGUGAAGAGG